AUGAAUGGAGAGGAACCUUUGGCCAUCAAAACAUAUUCAAAAACAAGAUGGCAAUCAGCGUUAGAUGUUGUGCUCAGGUUACGAGAGUUGAAACCUGUCUUGAUGGAGUUAAAUCGGGAGCCAUCCCUGGGAGUGUUUUUCGAUGAAGAAGAUUUUGUUCUAAUGGACGAUUUAACUAAUAUCUUAUCUCCUUUUCGUUCUCUUUGCGAAAUGCUUCCUAAUGAUACCUGCACGUUGAAGAACACCCUUCCUUUGCUUAUUUCCUAUAAGGAUAAAAUAGACAAAAUAUUCGUUGAAAAAUCGAAAAGUUCCAACCUAACGCACAGACAUCUCCCAGUUUUUAUUCGUUUCAGAAGGAAAAUGGAUAAAUACUAUAAAAAGUAUGUCAGUAUGGAUAUUUGUUUAUUAUCAUCUUAUCUAAACAUUGCAUUUGUUGAUAGCUCUGUUUUUAUAGAACAGUUCCCUCGUGAGAAUACCGAAAUCAAAAAAAGUGACCAUGUAAUAUCCGUUGUAUCACAAAAACUUACUGAUAUUUUAAUACCUUUUUUGAAUAUAUCUUAUUAUCCCAUUAAGGAUAGCGAUACAGAAGACAUGAUCGGUAUUUCGAGCCAUGCAGGAAGAGUGUAUAAUGCUGAAGAUUAUUCAUCAGAAGGACAAGAAGAAAAAAACUUGGAAUUUGAGGAGGAAUUUGAUGAAUUCAGUAUUAAGGAUGACUUACAAGAACAAAUCAGAUUAGAACUUGAGCAAUACCGUCUACGUGCUCUAUCAUUGGUCAAGGAGUAUUCAAACGAGGUUUUAUCCAAAUCUAAAAAACGCUGGUCGCCAUUCGACCGCCAAGUCCAGAUGAUUGUGGGGGCAGAUGAUAUAUUCUGGUCAAGGCAUAAAAGAGAGUUUCCACUGUUAUCAUUAGCUAAUAAAUUAUUCCAUUGUAUUCCAUCGACAUCGAUUCAUGCUGAGAGACUGUUCAGCUUGGCGGCACAAAUAUUUGACAAAAGAAAAAGACCAAACUCUCAGAUCAAAUGUUUGAGGAUCUUUGUAUCAUACGGUCCUUCUUACUUAGAAUUAAAUUGGGGUCAAUCGAUAUCACAGAUUGUACUUUAA